AUGGAUGAGAAUCUGUUCACAAGUGCCCACAAGGACUGCCCCAUGCCCCAGGGUACCGACCCCCUGAACCCAGAUCGGCCCUCCAGCCACCCGGCCUCCGUCUCUCCAGACAAUGUCACUGGCAAGGACAAACAGAUGGAUUUCUGUUGGGACCCUUGGCAGAGGUGCUUCCAGACCACCCACGGCUACCUGUCUGACUCCAGGUCCUGCUCCAGCAACUACAACGUGGCCGCUCUGGCCACUUCAUCCCUCGUGGGGGUGGUGCAGAGCAUCAAGGAUCACAUCACAAAGCCCACAGCGAUGGCCCGCGGCCGAGUGGCGCACCUCAUCGAGUGGAAGGGCUGGAGUGCCCAGUGGUCGGGCUGGGAGCUGUCGUCCGUGGAAGAUGAGCAUUACUGUUGCCUCCCGGAUGAGCUUCGCGAGGCCCGCUUCGCUGCAGGGGUGGCCGAGCAGUUUGCCAUCACUGAGGCCACGCUGAGCGCCUGGUCCUCCCUGGAUGAUGAGGAGCUGUGCCCCGAGAGCAGCACGUGGGACACUGUCCACCUGCAGGACCUAGACAGCGUCUACGUGCAGGACAGCCUCCUGAGCCCCUCGCAGGAAGACAGCCUUCUGGCCUUCUCCUCCCCUGGACUCUCUCCCGAUGGCUGGCCCUCCCCUGAGGAGCCCCCCACCACGGUGGCCUGCCCAAAGCCCCCCAGCCCCGAGCAGCAGCACCGGCGGCGGCUGCCUGGGGGCCCAGCUCAGGGCUCUCUGCCCUCGGUGGACAGCGGCUCCCUCGCUGAAGAGGAGGACGAGGUGUUCUAUAACUGAGGCUGACACCCAGAACCGGGCCCAGUGAACCUCGGGGCAGGCAUGGGGGCGGGGGUCCCUGCUCCCUGUGACCACUCUGGGCCACCAUGGACCUGCCCCAGCACUAACAGUCACACCCCUCCUCCCCUUUCUUCUGCACCUGGCUCAGGUGGGCACCAGCCUCUGCCGGGGUUCCCACCAUCAGUGAGCUCAAGGACUUGCAGAGUAGACACCAGAGCCACCCACCCCUGAGAGGCAGGCCAGCACCCCAUGGGAGGGACUGGGAGGCCCGGUGAGCGGGGUCUUGGGAUGCUGUCUUGACCAUGGGUCUCAGUCCCUCCCCCACUCUCUGUCCUUCUGCCCCCAUCACAGGUAACUAAGUGUCCCCUCCUCAGCUCCAUAACCUCCCUCACUUUCUGAACCAGCUGCCUGGGUGCCCCCAUGCGAAGGCGCCCACUCCUCCUACACCUUCCCCUCCCCCAACUCUCUUGAGGGUCUCUGAAGACAUUAAACUGGUGGAUUCA